AUGGAGUACAUGAUCAACCAUUUUGAUGAUUUCUUUGUUAGAAUAACAGUAGCAUAUGAAGAUUUCUAAGACAAUACUCAAUCCUAAAGGUAUUGCAAAAGGUAUUCUAUUAUAUUGAAAUAGAGCAAAUAACAAUGCAAAUAAAUUGUAAUAAAUGUAAUGGAUGCAGAAAUAAGAUAUAAUUUUCUUUAUUUUGGUUCUAAAAUAUCAUUAAUAUUACUUUUAGAUUAACAUUUGUUUUGAAAAUAAAUAAAUAAUUUAUUGA